AUGCUCCCUCCAAUCCCCUCCUUUACAGCCCUAGCCCUAUCCCUCCUCCUCGCCAAUAUAGCAACCAGCACAUCCACCCAAGACGAACCCCAACACCUCUCCAACGUCACCCUCAACACAGACGAUGUCUUCUCCGUCUUCAACCCAACUCUAGAGACACGCGACUUGGAAUGCGGCGCCGGGUACAGCCAAUGCGCAUACAGCUCCCGCCGCUGCUGUCCGAGCUCCGGGAAGUGCUGCGGGAACGGGUACUGUGCCGAUAUAGGCGAGACGUGCUGCACCAGCGGCGGGACGUGUUCAGCUGGCUACAAGUGCUGCGCUGGGAGCACGGGGUGCGCGCCGAACGAUGGGGAGUGUUGUUCUGAUGGUUACUACUGUCCGGCGGGGAAGACUUGUCGUAUCUAUAAAGGGAGGAAAGUUUGUUGUGCGCUGACUGGUUGUAUUGGGGAGUAUGAUGGGAUUGGGUCCGGGGGUACGGUUCCGGAUGUUACGUCGACGGCGACGGCGACGGCGACGGAGACGGAGACGGAGACUGCUACUACAACUUAUGUUGAGGUUGAGUGGGAUUAUUAUUCUACCACUAUCUACUGGACUUAUUGGUUCUACUACUGGACUUCUUAUGCACCCUACACUGUUCGGACGGUUACUUCUACAACCACGAGUACUCGCACUGUCUUCUCUGUUUUUGCGUCAAACAGCGCUGAGGCGACAUCUUCGCUCUUGGAAAGGUCGUCUAGUUACUCGUUCUACGCUCCUUAUGAGGCAACUUCUCUUAAAUUCUCGUCGGAGCCUGUCACAUUGAGAACGGGUUCCCCAGCUCCACAUGCUACUUCGUCCGCUGAUUCAACAUAUGGGGUGCUUUCAGGCCCAAUCAAUGGGGCAGGUUCUGCAGGUUCUGCAGCAAGCGUGAGCGUUAGUGGGACUGGCAUUGGCAUCCUGGCUGCUGUCUUGGUUGCUGCAAUUGGUGGCUUGGCCUUUGGGCUGUGA